AUGUAUAAAAUUGUGAGAAAGUUCCAUUCGAAUGGUGUCCAUUUUAAAGAUUUAUCAAAAUUUGUAGAUAAAUCUACAAAGAUUCCUACUUUGAAAAGUAGUCCCACAUUAUAUAAUCCUGUUAGUUCUUCUUCUAAUUAUAAAGGUUAUUUGAGAGCCAAAGUAGAGCGUGGAUUUUAUUAUCAGCCUUCUCAAUCUUCUGUUACUGGUUCUAUUAAUAGUGAAACUAUUCCAAGCUUGUUUUUAGCUAAGGAUGAUCCAAGAAAGAAUAUUGCUUCACAUAUCUCAGAUAAUGAUCCUUUGAAAGCUGUUGAUGCACCACCUGCAUUGGUUGGUAAAAGUACAUUGAGAGCAGAAGGUAAGACCUAUCAUUUGAAACCAGAACAAAUAGAAGAAAUUAAAAAAUUGAGAUCUCAAGAUCCUGAAAAGUAUACUAGAAAAGUGUUGGCAAAGAAGUACAAUGUUUCUGCAUUGUUCAUCUCGUUGGUUGCAUCUGCUCCAAAGGAAAGAGUACAAGAGAUGGACAGAAGAUUGAACGUCAUUAAAUCACAGUGGCAUCCAAGAAGGGCUAUCGCAAGAGAAGACAGAAAGAAAAGAAAAGAACUAUGGUAUAGAGCAUAG